AGCGCCUCGCCUGCAGCCCCUCCCUGCCGCCUCCGCCGCGCUCCCGCCCCUCGGGCCGAGGCUGUCACCGCGCCUGCCGCCGGGCGCCGCCAGCAUGUUUGACAGGACGCGGCUGCCCUUCGUGGCGCUGGACGUGCUCUGCGUGCUGCUGGCUGGCUUACCCCUUGGUGUUCUAAACUUGGCCAAAAUAAAACCGUAUCAGAGAGGCUUUUUCUGUAAUGAUGACAGCAUCAAGUAUCCGUUCCAUGACAGUACCAUCACAUCCACUGUCCUCUACACAGUGGGGUUCACCCUGCCCAUUUUCUCUAUAAUCGUAGGAGAGGCUCUCUCGGUCUUUUAUAAUAAUUUGCACUCAAAUUCGUUUGUCAGAAAUAACUACAUAGCCACUAUUUACAAAGGCAUUGGGACCUUCAUUUUUGGGGCAGCUGCCAGCCAGUCGCUGACAGACAUUGCCAAGUACUCCAUAGGCAGGCUGCGCCCUCACUUCAUUGCUGUGUGCCAGCCUGACUGGGCGCGGAUAAACUGCAGCCUGGGCUACAUCGAGAACUUCACUUGCCAUGGGGACAAAGCAAAAAUCAAUGAGGGAAGACUAUCAUUUUAUUCUGGCCAUUCUUCAUUCUCCAUGUACUGCAUGCUCUUCGUGGCACUUUAUCUUCAGGCAAGAAUGAAAGGAGACUGGGCAAGACUCGUACGUCCUACUUUACAGUUUGGUCUUAUUGCUGCAUCUAUCUAUGUGGGUCUCUCACGUGUUUCUGACUACAAGCAUCACUGGAGUGAUGUUUUAACAGGACUUAUCCAGGGUGCAGUGGUAGCUGUGCUCAUUGUUGUCUAUGUGUCAGACUUCUUCAAAGUGAGAGGAUGUACAUUUCAACCAAAAGAAGAUUCCCAUACAACCCUACAUGAGACUCCAACAAAUGGAAAUCACUUUGGCAGCAAUCAUCAACCAUGAAGAAUGACCCAUAUCACCUGUAUUGCUCUGAAUGAAAACAAUUUCACAAGUCUAACUCUGUAAUAUAAGUAAUUGCCUUUAAGGGACUGCUGCUGCUCUUGGAUGCUCACUUUACCUGUAUAUAGUAACAUCUACCACAGUUAUUGUACAUCUAAACUUUAAAUUUCUGUUGGUUCAAGCUCUUGCUUAAAAGAAAGCUAUUACAAUUGUAAAUUUUUAUUGAAAACUGUAACAAAUUAUAUUACAUACACUGCUGUUUGUACAUGCCUUGUUGAAUCAACUGUGGUUUAAGUAAACACCAUUAAAAGGAAUUACUUGAUAUGGAA